AUGACAAAGUACAAGGAAGUCGAUUACAAGGGAGGAAAAAGUCACUGGCCGCUUUGGGCGAUACCUUUUCUUAUAGCAAUCUUGCUCCUUUUGAUCGGAGUAUUUAUUUUGUUGACCCUUGGCGUUAAACACCAUUGUUUGUUCUUCGACUGCGAACAACCGAUCGACAAAGUCAUUUCGUCGUCGGAUGAACUACCUCGUAAUGAAGACGUUGUCCUCGGCGAUGAUGAAAUCAGUAUCCACGGAGAACUGAUCUUUGAAGAGGCUGCUCCAGACAGUUUACCUCCUAAUUCGCAUUUACGGGUGAAAUUUGAAGACGUUAGCAUGAUGGAUGCUCCUUCGGUACUUCUCGGAGAAACUAUGGUCGACUUGUCGAGCUAUGAUAAAGCGAAGAACCUGAAGUACGAAAUCAAGUCCAAAAGGCCAGGUCUUGGUGGCAGUUACAGCGUUUCUGCGACAUUGAAUGUGGGCUGGAAGGCGAACAAAGAAGCUUGGAUAAAACCAGGCGAUUACAUGACAGACACACAUUACGGUGUAAGGAUUGAGGACAAGAAACAAGAUUACAGGAGGGAUAUUACUUUGGUUAAAUAUUAGCACGAGUUAAGGUAAGGAAAAUUAUGCCGCUUCAUGAACAACGACCAAAUUUCUGCCUUUUACUCUUCUGUAAGGUUUGUGAAAUCUUUUAUCACGCGUAAGGUAACACCAGGAAAGCUGAAUUAACAAUGAACAAAACUUGAAAUGCCUACUCAUGUUCCAAAAAUUUACAUCCAUAACCUUUAAGAAUAUUGUAAACGCCCUUUCCUAAAGUUCUGGUAAACAUUUCAAGCAUGUAAUGGCUUUCCUUAACGUCUUAUACCGUGGGGGCUAACAUAAUUAAGAGCAAUAGACUAACAGGUGAGCAGAGUGAGUUACAUGAAGAUAAAGUAACUGCCAACGAAGCAAUAUUUUUCUCCAUGCGAAAUAAUCAGCUUAAUGCUUAUAUAAACUCUAAUGCUCAGAGUGCCUUAUAGGGUAGGUCAAGUGAUAUUUAGCCAAGUGUAAAUUAGAAAUCUAUCUUUAGUUCAAUAUUUUGUUGGUCAAAUAUUCUAUUCUCUCUUUUUUGGGUUGUACCCUGAUUUUUUAGGUGUCAAGGGGAGAAGGGGGCAUCAUUCUUGCUGUGGACAAUGUAUAAUGAACAUUUUUGAUUCCCUAGAAAAUGUACUUUUUGUUCUGUGUGGAAGGGGUAUCCUUUGAAGCUCAAGGCAUGUUUUCCAACUCUCCUUGUUUUUUCAAGAAGUCUUGUGGAUAUAACAAACUCUUGCUCUUUCUUACACUUGGUUUAAUCUCCUUCAUUGAAUUCUACUUAGACAUGCUUUUCUAUGAUAUAGUGGAAAUCAAGUUGAAGUCUUUCCAUUAAAAUGUAGUUGGUUCCCUUUUUUUUUUUCUUAGGCCCAAGUCACACUAGAGCUAUUUUUUGUUUGCUUGAAUGAGAAAUCUGUCAACAAGUAACAAGUCUGACCCCCAGUUUCAAAAGCUUACUAAUUUUUUGCCAAUUGCCAAAUUUUCACCAAUCUUCAGAGGACCCAGUGUCCUGCCUUGGAGGCUUCCAAAAUUUGGAAAAACAAGCAUUCAUGUUCUUUUAACCAUUUAGCUGUCAUGAUAUGUAAGAUAUGUCUGAACAAAAUUUUCAUGGCAAGUAUUGAAGCCAGCAUGAGUAGUGCAAAUGUCAACCAAAACACAAAAGAUCUGUAGGAAAAAAAGGAUCAGUUCUUUUGUAGCAAUUCUUGUGAAAUUUUUUUCUAUCUUUUUUUAAAGUGAGAUGGGUCUGUGAUUGAUAUAUAAAUCAAUCAGUGAAGUCUCGGUCGAGGAAUAUUAGUUUCAUGCAACAUUUGCCAAAAUUUGGUUUGCCAAAAUUUGGCUUGCCAAUUUGGAAAAGUAUCUGAUUUUGGUGGCACUUUUUGCUUUAGUGUGACCCGGCCCUAAGGAAGUUUGUUCAUUGUUGCAACUCUCAGUAUGUGCCUUUUAAACAAAUUUAGGAAUGGAUGGGUAUGGAGUGAGAGAUGGGAGACAUGGUCUAAAACAAAACAUACCCAUAUUUAAGAUUUCAGUAUGUUUAUAUUGCUGCUAAUGCUUUUAUAACCACCUCCUUAAAACUUUGGGCUAAAACAUUAUUUCCUCAUGGGCUUAUAUUGGGUGUGCAAGAGAGGAAAGGAGAUAAGGGUGCAAGCGGAAUAAUAACUUGAUAUUUUACUGUUCUUUACCCUCAGAUGCCAGAUGUACACUUAUUCUACUCAAGGACAGAUAUCACUUGCAGAACAUUUUAAUUGAAGGAUGCACUCUAUAUUACAUUAUUAAUUCAUUAUUUUAAUGCGAUAAGCACUGACAAAAUCUGACUGCUCAUAGAUGGUAGCUUAUUCAUACUGUCAAGCAAAGUGUAAAUAUAUCCUAAAUUAUAACAUAAUAGUAUUGGUGUGGUAGUGGGAUAAACAUUUUAUUUAAUGCAAUUAAAAUUAGACCUGCACAUUUUGUGUUUUCUCCGGCCAAUUACUGUUAAGUCUAUGCAGUAUUUCAAAAUAUUUGUGUACUUUUUUUUUAAUUUUGCAACCUACUAAACUAGUUGAGUACAUACAAAAAGAAUCACCUUGCUUUUGUUCACUAUGGUAAUCUCUGGGAUAGAAUUAAAAAAAUAUUGAUUUUUUUCAUAAAGAGGGAUCAUCUAUUCUGUAUUAUCUUUACAUUUACACACUGAUUAUAAUUGCAUUUUCUCUCAGAGUGUGGUUGUAUCAGGGUGACUUUGUUUAAAGAGUUUUAAGUUAUUAACUUGGGUGAUGUACAGUUUUUGGCAAGAGACUUGGACAAAAUGAUCAGCUUAUAAAUUUAGAGGUGGGGAAUAUCCUGGAUCAAUAAUCAACCAUCUCUAUAUUUUAGUUAUAGGAGGUUGGCUUCUCUGUGAGAUAAAAAACAAAGCAGUGCUUACUUGUUGUCUCUCUGUGUGAGAGCUUCUAUAACUUUCAUCUUUAAUUUUGCUUGAACAUGUGCAUAAGGGCUUAUUAGUUUUUACCCAACCAGCCUUUGUUCUAGGACUCUUGGAUCAUUAAAUUUUUUUAAUCCAAAUUGAGUACUGUAUAAAAGCUGGUGCUGUCUGGUUUAAAUUUAUUUUGAUACCUCACUCUCAACUGAAUGUUUACAAGGUGUUGUCUUUUGUUGGAUUUACUUUGUUGAAGAAACUACUGUCAUUUGCAUUGUGGUGCAAAUUAUGUUAGAGAGGCUUGCAAAAGAUAAUAUCUUGCAAAACGUGUUAGCUUUUGAACGAAAUGAAAGCUAGAUGUUGUGAAUGUGCGAGCAAGAUUAUUUUGUAGUUCAAAAAUAAAGAGCAAUUGUUAUUGGGGCUUUGUUAAUCAGUAAGUGAAAGGUGUUGUCUCAUCAUAAGGUUUAAAUGACUGGAAAAGGUUGAUAAUUCUAAACAAUAUUAUAGGAUAAAAAUGCAACUUUUAUCUCAAAUCUGAUUUGUGAUUUUCUUAAGCUAACACAUUGCUUCCCAUGUC